GUUUAAUGAAACGUGAAAUGGCUUGCGUGUUGCUUAGCGAAUGCUGCAGCAAUUAUAGCCGCAGCAACCAGCUUCAGACUGCCUCACUUGUAAUAAGGUAUUACCACUAUGUAUACGUACAUACAUAUGUAUGUGCAUACAUAUUCAUUGCUCUCUGCAGCACCUUAAUAGUUAAACUUUUAAUGAUCGGACUAACACCUGUCGAAGUGGACUGGACUAAACGUCGAAACGAAUAGUUUUUAGUACAGUGAUAGACGGCAAACCGUUAAGUCCGCAAUUUAAGGUCGGUGAAUGUAAUAUAGAUUUCUUUGUGCUUAAGACGUGUGGUAAUCAAUUUAAAAAAUUAAAAUUCUAAAAGCAAAUGUGUCACAUAUUUACACACAUACAUAUGAACGUAUAUAUGCAAUAGAAAAAUAGUUUUUCAACCUUUUUAAAUUAAAAAAUAUAAAUCGGAGCAAAAUGACCACGGAAUUUGUUAUCAACGGCACUCCCUACACUGUAAAUUUGACUAAUUUUCCACCCGACAUCACAUUGAAUACCUAUAUUCGAGAACAUGCACAGCUAACGGCAACUAAAUUCAUGUGUUUAGAGGGCGGUUGUGGUGCUUGCGUUUGUGCGGUCAAGGGUAAACAUCCCGUUAGCGGUGAAACACGUACAUGGAGCGUCAAUUCAUGCUUAACCCUUUUGAACACCUGCGCUGGUUGGGAGAUCAUAACAGAUGAAGGUAUUGGGAAUAAACAUAUUGGCUACCAUCCCAUUCAAAAACGGUUAGCCAAGAUGAACGGCACCCAAUGUGGCUUCUGCUCGCCUGGUUUUGUUAUGAAUAUGUAUGCCUUACUUGAGUCAAAGGGUGGAAAAGUGACAAUGGCGGAAGUGGAGAAUGCAUUUGGCGGCAACAUUUGUCGCUGCACUGGUUAUCGUCCGAUAUUAGAUGCGAUGAAAUCCUUUGCCGUUGAUAGUACGAUUGACGUACCGGAGCAAUGUAGGGAUAUUGAAGAUUUUGAAUUUAUCAGUUGUCCAAAGACAGGAUUGCAAUGUGCUGGUAGCUGCCAUAAGCCCCUAACCUCUUUGGUCUACGCAGACGGCACGCAGUGGUUUUGGCCCCGAUCACUCUCUGAGCUGUUUGAUGCAUUAUCCAAAAUAGGAAACGACGAGUUCAUGUUGGUCGCCGGCAAUACAGCUCAUGGCGUGUAUCGACGUUCGCUGGAGCUAAAGCAUUAUAUUGACGUGAACGCCGUCUCUGAGCUAAAACAGCACGCAAUUACUAAUGACAAAUUAACACUGGGUGGGAACCUUAGUUUAACUGAAGCGAUGGAAAUAUUCCUAGUGGCCGCUGAGAAUUCUGGUUUCGAGUACUGCCAACAAUUGUGGCAACAUUUCGAUCUAAUCGCGAAUGUGCCAGUUCGUAACACUGGAACACUGGCCGGCAAUAUUAGUAUAAAAAAAUUUCACCCAGAGUUCCCCUCGGAUAUUUUCAUAACAUUCGAAGCCCUCGAUGUCCAGGUUAUUAUCACAGAAGAUGCAUCGACACGUAAGACAAUACCCAUUAAGGAAUAUCUGGGACUUUCGAACAAUAAAAUUGCCAUCAUUGCUUUUGAAUUUAAACCCUAUCCAAAGGAUAAGUUUAUCUUUCAUUCGUAUAAAGUAAUGCCUCGAGCUCAAAAUGCCCAUGCCUAUGUGAAUGCUGCCUUUUUAUUAGACAUGGAUGUAUCUUCGGGGAAAGUUAAUCGCGCAAGUAUUUGUUUUGGAGGAAUACAUCCCGAUUUCGUUCACGCUACGGCUAUAGAGCUUGGCUUAACUGGUCAGAAUUUAUAUGAAAACGUUACCGUGUUAAAUGUUUUCAAAAACCUGAAAGUCCAACUUACACCCGAUGCCGUUCUUCCGGACGCCUCCCCCGACUACCGCAGAACUCUUGCUGCAGGACUACUUUACAAGAGUUUGCUGAAGAUAGUGCCAGCAGACAAGGUGAAGGAACAAUAUAUCAGUGGUGGCAAUAUACUUCAGCGACCCCUCUCCUCCGGAAUGCAAACAUUCGAAACAAAUGAAAAAAAUUAUCCGGUUACACAAGCAGUGGAAAAAGUCGAAGCUAUAAUUCAGUGUUCAGGGGAAGCCACCUAUAUGAAUGACACACUUACCUCGUCGAAUUCAGUUUAUUGCGCGUUUGCUAACGCAACAAAGGUGGGAGCAACUAUUGAAGAGAUUGAUGCCUCCGAGGUUUUGCAAACUCCAGGUGUGAUCGCUUUUUAUUCAGCCAAGGACAUUCCUGGGAAGAAUUUGUCCUGCGACCCAACAUUUGGUUAUGACACCGAAGAGAUAUUUUGCGGUGGGAUUGUCAAAUAUUACGACCAACCUUUGGGUAUGGUUGUAGCUGUCACAAGUGAUAUUGCAAAUCGGGCUGCGAGUAAGGUGAAAGUAACAUAUUCCAACAGCACUCGAAAUAUUUUACCCACCACUGCGGAUGUGUUUGAAGCAAAAGAAUUCAGUCGUAUUCACAUGAUAAAACCUUCGGAACUGGAUGAGAUACAGAUGUCUGAAGCACCGGACAUUACUGACAAGGGUAUUUUUGAAAUUGGUGGGCAGUAUCAUUUUACAAUGGAACCCCAAACUACCAUAGCUGUGCCGUUUGAAGAAGGCCUGCAGGUUUGGACAUCAACUCAGUGGAUGGAUCAUACUCAAUGUGUAAUCUCGAAAAUGUUGCAAGUUAAGGCAAACGAUGUGCAACUCAAGGUUCGACGCCUCGGAGGCGGGUAUGGUAGUAAAAUUUCACGAGGUAAUCAGGUUGCAUGCGCUGCUUCAUUAGCUGCAUAUAAACUAAAUUGUCCAGCCCGUUUUGUGCAGACCAUCGAGUCGAUGAUGAACUCGAACGGAAAACGUUGGGGUUGCCGUUCAGACUACGAAUUCCAUAUUAAGGCCAAUGGUAAAAUUGUAGGACUUAAGAAUAUAUUCUAUCAGGAUGCCGGAUGUACACUCAAUGAGAACCCUAUUAAGGGGCAUUCGGUUGGCUGUGCUAAAAAUUGCUACGAGCUCACUGAUAUGAAUACUAAAGUUGUUGGCGAGGCUGUUUUAACGGAUGCACCAAGUUCCACGUGGUGUCGUGCUCCAGGCUCUGUAGAAGGCAUUGCCAUGAUCGAAAAUAUUUUGGAACAUAUUGCGUUUGAAGCCAACAUUGAUCCAGCUGAUGCACGAUUAGCCAAUUUGAAACCCGGAAAUAAAAUGGGAGAGUUAUUGCCACGAUUUAUUAAGUCAACUGAAUAUCGGGAGCGACGAAAGGAGAUCGAUAAUUUCAAUAACAAUAAUCGUUGGAUAAAACGCGGACUAGGAUUAUCCAUAAUGGAAUACCCAGUUUUUCUUUUUGGUCAAUAUCCAGCCACUGUAUCUGUAUAUCACGUCGACGGUACUGUGGUUAUAUCACACGGAGGAAUAGAAAUGGGACAAGGCAUGAACACUAAAAUUGCUCAAGUGGCUGCACACAUACUCGGCAUACCCUUAUCUUUUAUUAAGAUUGAGUCGAGUGACACCAUCAAUGGAGCUAAUUCCAUGGUAACAGGAGGUGCAGUUGGCAGUGAAAGUCUUUGUUUUGCCGUACGAAAAGCAUGCGAAACUCUAAAUGAACGUCUUAAACCCGUAAAAGAUGAACUUGGUAAGGACGGUGGUUGGUUAAAUGUUGUCCAGCGAGCUUGGGGAAAAGCUAUAAACUUGAUCGUUAGUGAUCAUUAUAAAAAAGGUGAUAUGGAGAACUAUAAUGUUUAUGGCUUAGCAUUAACGGAAAUAGAAGUAGACAUUUUAACGGGCAAUAAUCAAAUAAAACGAGUCGACAUAUUGGAAGACGCUGGAGAAAGCCUCAGUCCGUACAUUGAUAUUGGUCAAGUGGAAGGUUCGUUUGUUAUGAUGCUAGGUUACUGGCUUACGGAGCAACUGAUUUAUGACCGGCAAACUGGGCAACUCCUAACAAAUCGUACAUGGAAUUAUAAACCACCUGGCGCUAAAGACAUACCCAUUGAUUUUCGCAUCGAAUUGCUGCAAAAGAAUCCAAAUCCAGCAGGCUUCAUGCGCUCAAAAGCGACAGGUGAACCUCCUUGCUGUUUAGCGAUCAGUUCAAUUUUCGCUAUACAGCACGCUCUACAGUCUGCUCGAAAAGAUGCCGGACUUAAGCGAGAAUGGGUUCGUUUAGGCGCUCCAACGACACCAGAAAAGAUUGUCCUUAAUGCCGGUACUGACACAUUAAAGCUGUCCUUGGUAUAAUGUAUAUUCAUCUGUUUUAUGUAUAUAAUUCUUUCCGUUAAGUAUUUGGUGGCUGGAUUUGUAUUUACGUAGUUGCAUACAUACAUAUGCACAUAUACAUAUAUAUAUAUGUACAUAUAUGUAUGUUUAUGUGAAUACAUUAUUUGUUUAUAUAUGUAUGUUAUGUACUAUUAUGCAUUAAAAAUUGAGUGAAUAAAUAUAAACAAAAUAUUGUAAUUAAAUGUGGCUAAAUGAGUUCGGCCAUUCCCCCUUUUUCGACCGUGAAUGGCUCCGUGACAGCAGCAACAUUGCCUAAUCGCCUACUCACCACGGCCCGUUCCACCCAUGGGUACGUGCACGUACACAUAAUACACCUACACACACACAUAUACACAUGAAUUGUAUUUACACAUACACACACACAUGAAUUACAACAUAAUAUGAAACAAAACACAAUUUUGCGAAUGUCAUA